AUGGCGAGACUUUUGCCGCUUCUUUUCGUCCACAUCGCACUCUGCGGUCAUCUGGCCGACGCCAAAGUGCUCGCCUACGACACCGCUUACAGAUACUUAGAAAAAGCGUUGCAGAGAUUUGUGGAGUACAAUCAUCUAGACCCCAUGGCCCUGCCGGACGUCAAUCAAACCUUCGAAAAAACGUUUCUAUAUAUGAAGGUCAAAGGAGAAGUGAUGCUGACCAACGGCUCCCUGACUGGCCUGUCGACAAUCCGCAGGACUGAGUAUUUCUACCUUGGAGCAAAUCGAAAAGGAAUUGAGGUUUACGCUGACUUUGGAGUGGGACCACUCCAUUUACGUUACGACGGAUAUCUGGCCCUAAACCGUAUAACCUACGACGUUGAAGUAGUCAUUACAAUCAAGAAUAUCCGUGUCGUCCUACAAGUAUCCGAGGAUCUUCAGCAGGGUCUUGUGGUGAAGGACUUUCGAAUAAAAACUAUGGAAGGGUUGACCGUUGAGCUCCACAAUCUGGGCAUCGUCAGCUACGCGUUCAACAUGAUCGCAAAGGGAGCCACGUAUAUCUUUGGGAAUUUGAUACGAGACAGAGUGGACAGUGCAUUAAGAGCAGAGAUCCGCAAACAAGUCCAAGAACUGAACAACUUUGUACUUCGAAACGGAACCCUCCCGGAAAUGAACAAUAAAACACUCGACGAGUAG